CAGUCCGCACUUGAAAAAACAUCUCUCGUUAUGCCUUAUGAACAAACAAAUAUCCAACCUGACGAAAAUGACACAGAUCGUAACAGAUACCAAGAAGAUGACGAUACCUCUGAAGAUGAGAGAAAACUUACCAAACUUAUGCCGAAACACGCUAAGGAAACAGAUAGAUUAUUAUCCAAGCUAUCAUACCGGCACUCAGCAUCUUCGAUCUGGCUCUUAAAACAUUCUAUGAAUCAAAACCACAGAAAGAUAAUGAGAACGAAAAGAGCACUUGAACAGCAAUCAGAUGGUGUAUUUGAUGAGGAAUUACAUGAAAUUAUUAAAAAGGAAGUUAAAUCGCUACAAGUCCUCACGUCGUGGCUCCUGACAAAAUCAAGGAAAUUUUCAAGAUACCCCCCCAAAACAGUCAAAACCAAUAACAUUAGAGAAUGGACACAAUGUAUGCGAGGAUUACAAGCCUAUUUUGGAGAAAUCACUACCACUAACAAUCCAAGUUAUAAAGAUACGUCUCAACAAGCAAACAAUGAUCUAUCAGAGAAAAAAUCAGAAAAAAUUAGAAAAUGGAGUUAUUAA